UAGCGCUACGCCGUAGCUGAUACGAUCGUAUGCAGUGAAGUGCCGACCUGUAAUAGUCGUGCAUUACUGUAAUUCGCGGUACACUUGUAAUUUUUGUGCGUGUAUGGAGUGUGGUGUAAGUGCUUGUGCGAAAGGUUCUCUAUUAUAGAGUCAACCUUUGUUAUGCGUUAUGUACGAGUAGAAUUUGUGUGAUGUUGACUUGUCAUGACACAUUUUUUGUGACUGAGCUUUUGAAGCGAAAUUUUUUAUUCAGCUUCAUGAAUGCUAUGAAUUUUCACUAAGAUGCCUUGAAACACUAAUCCACUACGGCGCCCUUAAAAAGGUCUAAUAAAUAAUAACACUAGUAAAUAAGUAUGGUACAAAAACAAUAACUCAAAAUAAUAGUAAUAUAUAAGGUCUUUUGUAAUCCGUACAGAACUGCCAAGUUGUUGUGACCCCGUGGCACAGAUUAUGUCGAGGAUUGUUAACCCACCGCGAACAAUGUCGUCGUGAUAAGUGACGUGGAGUGUUGUGAUAGCUUGCGGGAUGUGAUGUGAUGGUGAGUCAGUGAUCAUCAUGCGGCUGGCUUUGGGUCGGCUGAUCGCGUCCGCUGCGAUCCUCGGCGUUGCCACCGCUAUGGCUGCUAAAAAUGUGCCGAUGACUGCAGUGGUCGCAGUGGCUGGCGAGCCAGCGUACCUCCCCUGCGACAUUGCCACCCAAGACGAGGACGACGCCGUCCUGUUGGUUUUAUGGUAUAGAGAAGAUUUAGGCACGCCUAUUUACAGCGUGGACGCAAGAGAAAAAGACUUCGGUGUAGCAGAAAGGUGGUCAGACGAAAGUGUAUUUGCUUCGAGAGCCUACUUUUUACCUGACAAAAGACCAGCUGAACUUGGUGUGGACAGAGUCAGAGCAUCUGAUCAGGGAAUAUACAGAUGUAGAGUGGAUUUUAAGCAAGCUCAAACAAGAAAUUCAAGAGUCAAUUUAACAGUUAUUGUGCCACCAACUAAAAUGACCAUCACAGACGAUAAGGGAGAUGUAAAGCAAGCAAUCGUUGGACCCUACGUUGAAGGAGAUACAUUCACGUUGAAAUGUGACGUAUCUGGAGGUCGUCCACGCCCGUGGGUUAAAUGGUUCAAAAACGAAGUAGAAACCGAUACCCCAGCAACAGCCCUUCAAGGGAACACAGUGAGGGGUGUCCUAAGAGUCGGUCCCUUGACAAGGACUGAUGUUAGGGCAACAUUAACCUGUCGUGCUUCAAAUCAUUUGAGAGCACAUCCCAUUGAAACUACACUGACUUUAGAUAUGAAUUUUCCACCACUGAAUGUUCAUAUACUGGGAUCAAAUCAACCUCUAUCAGCGAGCAGAAGAUAUGAUCUGCUCUGCCAAAGUUCUGGCUCUCGUCCACCUGCAUCCAUCACCUGGUGGAAGAACGGGCAAAGAAUAAACAACGCGAAAGAGACGCUAUCAACCGAUGGGAACACGACCACAUCAACAGUUUCCAUACAGCUAACGAAAAACGAUGCAGGUGCCAAACUUGCAUGUCGAGCUUCAAAUCCUCAGAUGCCAUCCGAACCUGCUUUGGAAGAUGACUGGAUAUUAGAUAUCCAAUAUGUUCCAGAGACCGUGGUGCGGCUGGGCACUAAUUUAGACCCGACUAAUAUCAGAGAAGGCACGGAUGUGUACUUUGAUUGCAUCAUCAAAGCCCAUCCCUACGUUUAUAAAGUCGAGUGGAGGCACAACGGAAAAACUCUUCAUCACAACGUGGGUCAAGGUAUCAUCAUCAGCAACCAGUCACUCGUACUCCAAGGAGUGGGCAGACGGACAGCUGGCAACUACACUUGCGUGGGUUUCAACGCCGAAGGAGAUGGGGAGAGCAAACCGUUCUCAUUGGAUGUCUUGUACGCCCCGACAUGCAGAAGCUCUCAACAAAGAGUGCACGGUGUCGCAAAACAGGAGCGUGCUCAUAUAACGUGCCACGUCGACGCCAAUCCGCCUGAAGUCAGCUUCCGAUGGACCUUCAACAAUACAGCCAAUAACAACGAAGUCAGUAACACGUACGUGUCCAGAUCAGGCACGAGUUCCACUGUGACUUACACGCCACAUACAGAGAUGGACUACGGAACGCUUUUAUGCUGGGCGCACAAUCGUAUUGGAAAACAACGGGUGCCCUGCGUUUACCACAUUAUUGCUGCUGGUCGUCCAGAUCAAGUUCACAAUUGCACAGUGGUUAAUGCGUCUCUCACGUCGUUUGGAGUUCGUUGUUCAGAAGGCUUUAACGGGGGCAUGCCUCAAUCAUUUUUGUUGGAAGUCAGAGAUAUUGUUACACAGGAAAUAGUAGCGAACGUAUCAAGUGCAGUGCCACGUUUCACGGCAGGCGGUCUCAUACCAGGUCACACGUACGCUGCGGCCGUCUUAGCGUACAACGCCAAGGGGAGAGGAGAUCCGUACCCUUUGAGGGCGAGCACGUUGCGGCCGCCCGAAAAACACCACGUUCAUGAUAAAAGUCUAGAUAUACCAAAAACUGCCUUCCAAAUGUCUGGAGCGAUGUCUGCCGCGGUUGGCGGCGGCGGCGUCUUCAUGGUGGUGCUAGUACUCUUCAUGAUAGCUGUACGUCAAAGGUGUACCAAACGCAAGCUGCGUUCAGGAGCUCCCUCUUCACAGCCAGCGUCUCCAGACAAGCUGCGAGAGAAAGACGACAGUGAAAGUGAUGAUCGGAAUCCGGAUAUAAUUCCGUCAGAUACAGAUCACUUGCAGCAGGUGGACUAUUUUCGACAGCAGCAAGUGUCAACAAUAUCGCCGCCGAAUAACAGGGCACCGCGGGGCAGCAUCGCCGGGGUCCGAGGCAGUAUACCCGGCUACUGCCCGCUCAGGACUGCGCCACCGCCUUCCCAUCCUCCCAUACAUGACAAUCCUACAUCAACGCCGGGGAUACCUCCGCCGGCGGGUUUUGCGGGUGGCUCCUGUACACUGCCUCGCAACGCGGGUGCCGCGAAUGAUCGCUGCAUCCCGCUUCAGCACCUCCGCACGCUGCCCCGUGCGCACCCCCACGCGCACCCUCAAGCGCACCCACACGGACACUCGCACCCACACCCGCACCCACCGCGCGACACCCCUCUCUGACAGACUACGCAGCUAUAGGGCCUGUAAAUAACGCUCAAGUAACUGAGGUGAAUGUUUCGGUGAUUUUCGUCACUGUGAUUCUGUGCAAUUUUAGGUGUUGUGUUGCUGGUUCUUUGAUUACAUCCCUGUGACAAUUUAUAAUGAUCUCGAUAGAAAAAUUUCAUCUGAAUAUAUAUUGUUUUUAUUAUAUAAGUAACAACAAUUAGUUUAUAAGUAUUAAGUAUUGCUGUGAUAGUACCUACUAUCAAUAUUAUAUAUUUUAACGCCUAUCAUAUCAUUUGUUAAAAAUUUCACGUCUUGAAUAAUUUGGUGUCAAUGAAAAUAUACCACGUACACAGCUAAGAAGGUGCACGGUAUUUGUAAAAACAAUCACUGCCGAAUUAAGACUACAUAGUAACUGAAAUUGAUAUUGGAAAAACGAUAUUUAGAUACUCAGAAAAAAUUAACUGUAGAUAUAUCUAGUUAAAAACUAUUCGGAGUAUUUCCAAAUUCAAAUUAUCUGGAAUUUACUGAGCGAAUAGGGAGUGUCCGUAGAAGCACGAUUACCAUUGGUUGCUCGAACAGAUAUAUAUAUCGAUGUAACUUCUAAGUUGUGUCGUAUUGUAUUAUUGUGUAAGUAUAAUAUGUAAAUGUGCUCAUAUUAUGACAGCAAUGAAUUCUAGCAAUCAGUUACAGUAUUAUAAAUGAUUAUAGUAUAAUUAUUCGAAAUGGUCCUAAUAUUUCUUUUUAAUGACCAUUCUCAUAUUAUUUGACUGAGAUAACUUUUUUUUCGUUAUAUUGCAGGAUAGGCUUGCGUAUAAUGGCACGCAUGCUUAUGAGGUCUAAGUUGGAGCGCGCUUGCCUAAAAAUACCUAUUCACUCUUGCCUUGAAGGUACCUACUUAAUUUAUACGUAGCAGUUAGCACGGAUGCCGGAAGGCCGUUCAUAAUCUUAGCGUUUCGUAGUUGCUUUUUUGCUAAGCACUGUAAUAUCAUCGCAGUGUAUUUCUCAGAGAACGUUAACAAUGUCUGAAAUUGCCGAGACUGUUUUACCUAAUUUUAAUUACCUAAAUAGUUAGGAUGAACGAAAUAUUGGAGAUUGUUACGAUUUGUUUGUAAAUUAAUUGUAAAUAUUAUCGAUAUUCCACGAAUAAUCUAGAUUUAUAUGGGUUUAUUAUACGUAAUAAAUAAUAAUAUUAGGUAACACGAAAAUUGAUUUGUAUUUUAAACGGUUUUUGUAUUUAGAUUGAAAGCUUUAUUUAAAAAUUAAUUUACAAUGGUUGUGAAACUUGUAAAAUUUCAUGUAAGAACUAUAUAUAUUACAAUCAGCUGGAUACACUUUUUAUUACAAUUGUAACUAGUAUAUAUUAUCCUAAAUUAUAUUUAAUUAAACUCACCGACAACAGUUUUCAAACGAAUAUACCUACGAGUACGUUAUGUGGAAAAAUGAUGAUUGAUGGAAUUAAAUUACGUUUAAAACUUUUUCUAAUCCAUUUGUACAGUUGAACAGGAAAUUAUUGUAAUCAUGAUCACAAAAAUAUUGUGAUAAUACGUUAAAAAAUAUAAUUAUAAGUACAUUUAACAGUAAAUGCCUUAAUGUUGAUUUCUAGUCUAUCAUUUUCGAAGACGAUCUCCUUAGAUGAUGGCAUACGUUGAUUGUAUAAAACAAAUCCUAAAGUAUCAACCAAUUUGGGACGUAGGCAUUAAAAAAUCAUUGAUAUUGUUUAUUAGUCCAUUCCAACCCGUAGGAAGAUGGUAGUUCUUCUGUAUUACCUGAUUAUGGUAGGUAAACUAUAAGCCGGAUGGUAGGUAUAAGGUGAAUGAUAUGGUUGGAUUUUCCGACCAGUCAGACGAUUCAGAAUCACUUGAUUCGGUAAGUUAUCUUUCGGUAAGUUCGAUAACUUACCAAACCGAGUGUUCUGAAUUGCCCAGCUGCAGGUCUUAUUUACUAUACACAGGUAACAUAAAGAAUUUAACCUACUAAGAGCUCAGAUUAGAUCAAGAUUCGUUACUUUGUAAUUUUAUUUAUAAUCAAACAUUGGAUGUUGAGGCUAAAUAAAGUAAAAUUAGUUUAUUAUAUUACCUAUAUCAAUUUGUCCGUUUUGAAAGACUUGUAUAUAUGCGACAUUAAUAGUGUAAAUGUUUUGUAUUAUACAAUUUUGUAUAAUUUUGUGUCUUGAAAUGUUAAGGCAUGUGAUUAAUUUAAGACCUUCGCUUUAUAAGCAUUAAAUUUAUUAAUUUUGAAAAGCAAUUUUUUUAAUGAAUAGUUUUUUUAACAACUCUCUUAUGGUUUUUUAAUAACUUUUUACAUCAAACGGUAAAAUAUUAAUUAUUAUUAAUAAUAAUAAAUUGUGUUAAGGCGCCAAUGUACAGUGACUUUUUAAUAGAGAGACUUUUAGAUCCGUAGACCUUAAUAAUUAACAGAUAUUCUCACGACCGAAUAAAAUCAGUCCUAUCUAUAAUCUGCCGAUAGAUUACUUAGCCACGUUGUUAUUUGUCAAAAAAUUGUAUGGUUUUUUU